AUGGAAAGUGAGUCAGACAUAACACAAUCUAAUGAAUCAUCAAUCAUAGAGAACAUUGAAAUGUGGAUUAACAAACUAUCCAUAAUUUCUGACUUCGAAACAAUUCCUUCCAGAAUUUCGAAAUAUUCUUCAACAAAUUUCACAAAUUCUUAUUCGGAAAUCGUCGACAUUAAACAAUAUAUCGUAGAAAAUCCACAAGAACUUCUUAAUUCAGCAACAUCUUUAACAUUUGACCGUUAUAUACAAAAUUCAGACGAGUUAUUAAAUCUCAUAUCAGAAAAUGCAGAUAAACUAGAUGAAAAUACACGUAAGAACUUUUUCGACAAAAUAAUUUCACUAGAUCAAGAAAAUGAUUCAAUUCGCUUACUUUCUUCCAUUAUUUACCAAGAUCAAACCAUUUUAACUUCAUUAUUUACCAAAUACUUUACACCUGACUUUUCCAUAUUUGAUAAUGACGCAGAUAACAACUUAUUAAAUUUCAUAAGACAACAUAUUGUAGAAUCAAUUAUAACAAGUAAUGACAAGUCAUUAGUUAACGAAUCAGUACAAAAAAUAUCUCAAAAUUCAUAUCUUUUAACAGAAUUUUUAAUUCGAGGUCUAAACCUUUCUGUUACAUACCCACAGUCAAUAAAUUUACAAUAUAUAGCUCCUUCUAUUUCAUAUUUCGCACAAUUAUUUACUUCAGAGUCAAAUAAAAAAUUAUCAAAAUUUUGUUUAGAGCAACUAUUGAUUUCUUCAUUGAUUUCACUUAUAUCUUCCAACACUGAUGGAUUUACAACUUAUUUAAACUCAGAAUCAUGUAUCUACACCAUAGUUUUCAUUUUUUCGAUGGAUUAUUUCCACGAAACUCUUUCAAAUCUGUUAAUUGACAAGUUCAAAGAAGUUAUUCCAACACAUGCUGCUAAUUUUAUCAAGAUUGCAUGCAAUAUCAUGAAAAAUUCAAAUAAUUUUGAUAUGAAUUUCAGAUUUUUAGCUUGUUUAAAUGAUUUACUCAAUUUCUCGAACUUGUUAAUGUCAAUGACACAUUCCUUAUUUGCUAAUUUGCUCCCUAUUGCUGAAAAAUGCGAAAAUUCGGAUUAUGUUUCGAAACUUUUUGACGUUUUAUUGAAUAUCAUCAUAAAUGAUCCGAAAUAUGUCAUUUACGAUUACGAAAAUUCAGUUUUUUCGAAGUUAUUCAACAAAUUUAUUUCAUUUGACAAAAUGACUUAUUUAUUAUCGAGAAAGAAGAAAGUAUUAGAAGAGCAUUUAUAUGAAUUAGAAAAUACAUCAACAAUACCAUUGAUUUUCUCAUUUUCUUCGCAAAAUAAUAAAUUAAAUGAAUUAUUUGAGAUUUUGAAUCAAUUAGCUGACUUUUCACAAGAUAACAUCAACAAAUUAGCUGAUUCCUCGCUAUGUAGUAUCAUUAUUUCGUUGUCAAAAUCUAAUGAAGAAAAAAUAAUUUUCAAAGGAUGCGAAAUCCAGCCAAUUGACCAGAAAAUAUUCAUUGGUACAGCAAUACCAUAUCUAAUAAAGAUAACUCAGACGUCCUGUUCCUUAAAAAUCGCAAAUGAAAUUAUAGAUUUGAUUAUUCCAGAAAAAAUCUACAAAAACUAUGAAAAUAUCUCUCUAAAGUACAUCAAAUCCAUCACUGACUCAUGCAAUAUCAAAAUGCCGAUCAUUCACCCUUUAAUUCCGAAAAAUCACGUAAUUUAUGACGGAGCCAUGUUCAAUGACCUGAUUGACAAUGGUUUUUCGAUAUCGUUCUGGAUAAAAAUGAAUGAAUCUGUUGUAAAACGAUUAAAAUUCAUUGAAUUUGAUUUAUUCAAAAUAUUUGUUGGCGAAGAAGAGUUUAUACGAAUCGGAAUAUCAGAAUCAGUCAUAGAUGUGACCAUAUCACAAGUCACAAAGGUUUCUUCCUUCAAAAUCAAUGACAAAUUAGAUAUGAAUCAGUGGAACUUGUUUACAAUGGCUUUAAAGAAGAUUGAUGAUAAAUACAAGAUCCAAACAUACGUAAACAAGCUUGACGCGCAUUCUUCAGCGAUUCCUUAUGAAGAAUUCAAAAAUGAUUCUUUAAUUUUCCAAAUUUCCAACAAAGAAAACAAUUUGGAACAAUUAUCUGACUACGAGAAGUACCAUUAUAUAUAUCUGACUAACAUAAUGUUCCAUAAAUCAGUUUUUCCGCAAAAUGAGCACAAAUUAUCAUAUAAAUUGGGAUUUUCUUACCAAUUUUGCAAGAUACAGCCAUUCUUUUGCUUCCCUGAGUACAAAUAUCACUUCAACAACCUAAUGAACAUCAAGGAAAUCGAUAAUGAGCUGUUAAGUCCUUCAUUUAAUUCAAUAAAUUAUUAUAUCAGAAAUUUUCCCAUUGAAAAGCUCUGUUCUAUGCUCAAAACGUCUGCAAAGACUGAGGAAAUGUACUUGAUAUUCAUAUAUUUCCUUCAAACAAUCUACAAUUUCAAAAAAGAAAAUUUUGAAUUAAUUAUGUCACUUUUUGAAAUUUUUAAUUUCAAAAUUUAUGAAAGUUUAUUUUAUUUAAGCAGUAAUUUCAAUGAUGAUGAAGACAGGAUGACGUUUUUCACUGAUGUCUUGUUCAAUCAUGACUUUUUCUUCAAAACAAAUGAAAAUGAAAUUUCAAAAAUUUUUGAUUUCAUAAUUGUGAGAUGUUUCCCACAGUUUUUUGAUAUCUUCACGUCCAAAGGUUUCUUUAGGAAGAUAAUAACAAUAAUAAGAGCUUUUUACAUCAAAAACGAAGAAAAAGAAAAAAAUAAAAUUAAUAUUGAAAAUUUUCUGAAGAAAUACAACUCAUUUCUACUAGAACUAUACAAAGAAACAGAAGAUAAAGAAGAUGGAAUCAUAUCUGUCCUAGAAAACGCAGUUUCCUCCAAAGAACAAGAUUUAAUAAUUUAUUUCUUAAAAUUAUCCGCACUUUUGUUUGAUUUCGCUCCAAAGAGCCAAGAAUACGUCAAAUACCUUCACUCCGUCAAUUUCACACAAUACAGACAGCUUCUAAGUCCACUUUUGCGAAGUUUCUUUUUCAUUUCCGGCCAAAAUUUUUACAUCAGAUCACAAGUAUUGGCUUAUCAACUUCCUAUUUCAUUUUCAUGCGAAAUGCUGAUAGACGAUGUCAGUGAAUUUCCUGUUCUUUACUCUCUUGCGACAUUGAUUUCCAUGAAAGGAGAAAAAUCAGUUCAAAAAGAUGUUGCAAAAGUUCUGUUUAAAAUGACGAAGAAAACAGAGAUUGUAAAGAUGAUAAAACAGUUGGAAUUCUGGCAAUUAUGGCCUUGCAUCUUCGCGUUAAUGAAUGAAGGAAUAUUAAGAAACGACAUGAUUUAUUUCAUAUCAAAAAUUUUGAUGUAUGAAUUCAAUAUUUCUGAUUUUGAUCAAACUUUGUCACUUUUUGAAUUAAUUGGGUUAAGAAUGAAUGUUGAUUCUUUACAGUGCAAAAUAGAGUUGAUCAAAACAAUGUUUGAUGAAUUCUUCACGAAAAUUAUUGAUGAGAAUUUGAUGAAUGAUAUUUGGAAAAGAUCAAUUCUUUCUAUGUUUUUCCAAUGGAGAAAAACAAGUUUGUCUCAAAAAUUGAGAAAUGAAUUUUCUAAUUCUCCUUUCAAAGAAAGUCUGUUGCAGUUCGCUGCUGAUAGAGAAAGUGUAAUAAGAACAUACCACGAUCUGAAAGAUAUUAAAUUUGAUCCGACCAAAUAUUAUCUAUCGUUUGUCAUUUCACCUUUCACAAAAAUGGAUUUAGUUGCACAGUCCGUGAUACAACAAAUGGAAGCCGCCAUGAAACUGCAAAACCAUAAAUCUUCUAAAUACACGGAUUUCAUUCAAAGUGCAAUUAAAUUUGUCAGAAAUUCUGAUCCUUGUCACUUUUUACACUUAAAUUCCAUGAUUAGCAAAGAUUUAGGAAAAAUCAAAGAAGAAUUAGAGAUGACGACAACUCCUGAGAUGCAGAUGACAGCGAUGAGAUUGAAUUCAUUCGUAAACAACCUCGCAAACCAGCUCCACAAUGUUUCGAAGAAGAUGAAAAUGGAAUCUGAUGAUUUGAACCAACUUUUGAAGAUGAAAGACGAAAAAUCACUCAAGUUUUAUAAAAGAAUCAAUUUCAUUAACCACCAAUAUGAUCUCGUGAAACCUAACUUCGUUCUAAAGAACUGGAUCUCGGAGACUUUCAUCGCAAACAAAAUGAAAAGAUUCAAAAAAUAUAAAAAAUUGAAACCAAUUGUGAGAUCUACAAAAACCGCCAUAAUUCAAUUGAAAUGUAAACUUUACAAAGAAGGUGACAUUUGUAUUGAAUGCGAUAGUUUAGUUUUCGAGAAUGAAUUCAUUUUCGAGAACCAGAAAUUCAAGAAAACUCUUAGUUUUGAUUUGAUAAGACAUUGUUUUUAUUCAGGAAGAAGUGGAUUGAGCUUUAUCAUGAAAAAUGGAAAGAUGUAUUUGGCUGUUUUUGAUCAGGAAGAUGUCUAUGAUCAGAUGGUUUCUAAAUUACCUUUCUUUAUUCACAACAUAGGAAAACAAGUAACAGAUGAAUUUGGAGCAAACUUGAAGUCAAAUCUUUCUUUCCUUACUUUUUACCAAUUUAUUUGUGGAAAAACUUUCGCUUCUUUCAAGAACUAUCCACAAUUUCCUUUGUCUAUUUACAAAGACACAAUCAAAGAUGAAACUGUUCUAUCUGUUAUAAAUAACUAUUUACAAACAGAUGAAACUCAAAUAAAAGAAGAAAAUCUCAUUGUUUCAUCUUCUGAAAACAAAUCAAUUUCAAAUGAAGAAGAAAAAGAAAACAACAGCUUAGUUACAUCUGAUAAGAAUGAAUUUGUUUCUUCCGAAGAAAAAGAAGUAAUUUCAUCUAAUGAUAAUAACGAAUUAGUUUCAUCUGAAGAAGAAAAACAAGCAAAUGAAAUUCCAUCUGAAGAGAAAGAAAAGAAUGAAUUGGCUACUUCUGAAGUAGAAGAAAUAAAAGAAGUGAUUUCAUCUGAAGAAAAAGAAACAAAUGAAUUCAUUCCAUUAGAAGAAAAAUCUACAAAUGAUUUAAUUUCAACUGAGGAAAGAGAAAAUAAUAAUUUAGUUUAUUCUGAAGAAAAAGAAACAAAAGAUGUGAAUUCAAAUGAAGAAAGAGAAAAUGAACAAAUCAAUGAAGAAGUUGUUGAAGAACUUGCAGAGAAAACAGAUGCUAAUUUAGAUGGAAAUUUACAUGAAGAAGAAGAAUCAAGAUUAAGAAUUUCUAUUGAAGAUGACUCAAUUCCACAAUUCGUCAUCAAACCAAUAAAUUCAGAGAUAAAUCUUUUAGAAAAAGAAGAAUCACAAAAAGAGUUUAUUAUUGAAGAACAAAAUCAGAAAGAAACAAAGAAAUUCCAAGGAUUUGAUAAUUAUGGUGUUUCCUGCCAAGAAAUAUUCUGUUGUCCAGAAUCAAUUGAUGAGAACUUCCCUUCAGAAGUAAGCCAUCAUUUGUUAAAUCAGCUAGAAAGUGCUGAUACUGUUUAUAAAGUUGUCGAAUGGAUAGAAAACUCAUUAAAUCGACAAAUAAGAGUCAAAACUCCUGACCAAACACCAAAAAUAAUGACAGAGAAAAAGAUCUCUUUCAGAAAGAAAUCAAACAGGAUUUAUUACAAUCCAUUUUCAAAAAUUUUCUUGCUUAUUAUUGAAAGAAAGAAAAUUUUGUAUUCUGAACUCGAUGACAAAUCAAAAAUUCAGUUUUCCGAAGUGGAAAAUCUUGAAAUCCCUGACAAUUCAUUGAUUACGAAGUAUGAGAACACGUUUAUCAUAAUUAACCAAGAAUCACAGACGAAAACAUUCCUUAAUGAUACAAACUUGUCGCCAUCAAAAACAGAAAAUUUGCCAUCACGAAUUUUGAAAAUUUUCAAUGAUGGAUAUUACGUUGAAUAUACAUCAGAUAACAAGAUCAUUGUUUAUGAUGGUGAACAGCAGAAGAAUACGUUUUAUUGUUAUUCCGGCUUGAUUUCUUUAUCAAGUAGUUCUCUUUUUGAUUUGUUAGUUUUUUGUUUAGAAAAUGGUGAAAUUUUGUUUUACAACGUUUCUGAUGGAUUAUUUAUCAACAAAUAUAAGAACGAAAAAUGUUGUUACCAAAAGGUUUUAUGCAUGCCAUCGAUAGGAGAUGUUGUUGCUUAUGAUAACUACAAGAUUGAUGUCUUCUCUGUGAAUGGAUUCUUCAGGAGAUCAAUAAACAUUCCAUUCAACAUCAAAUUCUGGAUUUCUCUAGAAAUCAUUGGAAUCGACACAAUCUUUGUUAUCACUGACUACUGGUCUUUGUAUAUUGUAGAAUUGGAUUGUCAGAAAGAACCUGCUUUGAUAUACGAAAGCAAAUUACCAAUUAUUGGUUUUGAAUUCGAUAAAGUUGAUCGAACAUUCAUUCUGAUUCGACCUACUGAUGUGAUUUUAAUUCCAUCUGAUGUUAAUCAUAUCUUAGAAUUGCGUGACCCAUGA